AUGAAAGCUUUCGCACUCCCAUCUUCUCUCCUCUCUUCACUUCGUACAGCACCGGUUGCUCCCUCUUCUUCGCGCCUCAUCGUUGCCGUUGCCCCUCGUCGCAUCGCCCGCUUCCAACCCCGCCAUCGCUCCCUGCACCUUGCACGACAACCACCGCCACCAGCCUUGACCAUGGCGGCCGACGCUUCUUUUGACAAUCUGGCUCGACAGUUCUCGCACCUUCCAUUGAUUGACAAGCUGCCCAACUGCUUCCCCGACAUCAACCCCGUCGACAUCUACCGAGCCCACAUCACCUCCAUCCUCAGCGACAUCACCGGCGCCGACAAGAGCGUCAUCUAUCCUGUCCUGCAAUGGACCGCCACUCUUGACAAGGGUGACCUGAUGCUUGCUAUUCCUGCUCUCCGCAUCAAGGGCAAGCCUGACGACCUCGGCAAGCAAUGGCUGGAAAAGUGGCCCGGAUCUCCUCUCGUCGAAACGCCCGUCCACAGUGGCGCCUUCCUAUCCUUCUUCUUCAAGGCCGAGCCCAUGGCCAAGACUGUCAUCCCCAUGGCUCUCCAGCACAACAAGGAUUUCGGCUCCAACCCCGCCAAUGGCCUCCGCGACCAAAACGACCCUUCCAAAGGCCGCCAAAAGAUUGUCAUCGAGUUCUCGAGCCCCAAUAUUGCCAAGCCCUUCCAUGCCGGUCACUUGCGAAGCACCAUCAUCGGUGGCUUCCUCGCCAACCUCUACCGAAGUGCCGGCUGGGACGUUUCCACUGUAAACUACCUCGGUGACUGGGGUAAGCAGUACGGCGUCCUUGCUCUCGGCUUUGAAAAGUACGGCAGCGAGGAAGAGCUUGUCAAGGACCCCAUCAACCAUCUCUUCACCGUCUAUGUAAAGAUUAGCAAGGAGGUGGCUGAGGAGAAGGAGCAGGCCGACAAGCUCAAAGCAGACGGCAAGGAGGACGAGGCCCAAAAGAUUCUCGACAAUGGCGUCGAUGAAAAGGCCCGCAGCUACUUCAAGAAGAUGACCGAGGGCGACGAGCAGGCCAUUUCUCUCUGGAAGCGUUUCCGUGACUACAGCAUCGAGCGAUACAAGCAGACCUACGCUCGUCUCAACAUUCACUUUGACGAGUACUCUGGUGAGAGCAAGGUCUCUGAGGAUGAGAUGCAGCAAGCCGCUGCCAAGCUCAAGGAGAUGGGUCUGGCCCACGAGGACCGUGGCGCUCUUCUCAUGGACUUUACCAAGAACGUGCCCGGAAAGGAGGGCAAGAUGCUCGGCAAGGCCAUUCUGCGCAAAAAGGACGGCACUGCCCUCUACCUCACCCGUGACAUCUCUGAGCUCAUCAACCGGUAUGAGCGCUACAAGUUUGACAAGAUGAUUUACGUCAUUGCCUCGGAGCAGGACCUUCACGUCAAGCAGUUCUUCAAGAUUGUUCGCAUGAUGGGCCGCGACGACAUUGCCGACAAGUGCCAGCACAUCAACUUUGGCCUCGUCCUCGGCAUGAGCACCCGCAGGGGCACCGUCAAGUUCCUCAACGAUAUUCUCCGAGACGUCGGCGAGCACAUGCACGAGGUCAUGAAGAAGAACGAGGACAAGUACUCGCAGGUCCAGGACCCCGAGCAAGUCGCCGACCGACUCGGCAUCUCGUCGGUCAUGGUUCAGGACAUGAACGGCAAGCGCAUCAACAACUACACCUUUGACCUCUCCCGCAUGACCAGCUUCGAGGGCGACACGGGUCCGUACCUCCAGUACGCGCACGCGCGUCUGUGCUCGAUUAAACGCAAAGCGGAGCUCAGCGACGAUGACAUUGCCACGGCCGACCUGUCGCUCCUAACCGAGCCCAUGGCCAUUAACCUGCUCCGCGUGAUUGCCCAGUGGCCCGAUGUCGUCCAGAACGUUCUCAAGACGCUCGAGCCCGCCACCAUUCUCACCUACCUCUUCAAGCUGACGCACACGUUGAGCACCAGCUACAGUCACCUCCGCAUCGUUGGCAGCGAACCCGAAGUCAUGAAGGCUCGUCUGGCUCUCUACAACUCGGCCCGUGUUGUCCUGUACAACGGCAUGAGCAUUCUUGGUCUGACUCCUGUCGAGCGCAUGUAA